GCACUGCUGUUGGGAGCAGGGGGAGGGCCAGGAGUUAAGCUGGGGCUGAGCUAAACCCUGCAGAUAGAGGACUCUUCUGUCCUAGGCUAAUCCCCUUGGCCCCCUCCCAGCAUUUAUCAGAUAGCUGAAGGUAGAGAUUAUGCCCUUGGUGACUGCAAAGUCAUGUUUAGCUGCCUCCCUUCAGCAAGAUGCUCCGAUAGCCUCAGCCCUGAUCUGUGCCAGCAUUCCUUUGGGGCUGCCUUAAGCACAUACCUGAGGUUGUCUGUCCUGUAAAACUGGGAACGUUUUAGUGUGGUGGUGACAGCGUGAAUGUUUUUUAGUUAAAGUUGGAGUUUCCUUCAUUCAUCCUUUUAUUGUAAGGUUUUACAGCAAUUGCACUGAAACUUGCAGAAAGGUGCAAAUCUGCUUGCUGUGCAGUAGCAAACCUUUUAAAGAUUAACACAGAUUGCUAGUGGUUUCUCCUGGGUUUAAACUGUGGAGGAGGUUGCUCAUGAAUGAGAGAGCAGCUGGUCUGGAUGUUUACUUGGUGUGUGUAACUGAAAACUGGUUUCAUUUCUGAUUCUACUACAUUUAGCUCAUUUGUUUCUGUUGCGUUCCCCAGUAGUAAGAAGCUAUGCACUGGUUUCUCAGGUUGCUACCACGACUGCUUCGUGGUGUCUCCCCCAAGCACUGCCAUGUACUCCUGAUUUCCCCGUUAUUAAUUUGAUUGUAGCUAUCCUGUGAGCUCCUGCCCCAGAGGAGUUUAUCUGCAGUGGUUUGAACAGUUGGACACAGAGGAAUUGUGCACAGCACAGCCUGUGUCCACAAGGCAGGCUCUGGAAAGCAUAUGCUCCUAAGCAGCUUGCCUUUAACUACAUGUGCUUAAAUACACAUAUCAUACAAACUCCAGGGAGAAAGGACAGGACUCAAGUUAAACUUCGGAUACCCAAGGCUUGUCUGGAGGACUAUGUGCAGCAUCCAUCCCCAGGGAGCUGCAGAGAACUGUUGUCACCUCCUAGGUCCUGCUCUAGCUAUGAGCGGGUGGAUCAGCGAACCUGCCUGAUCUGCGGGGACAGAGCGACGGGGCUGCACUAUGGGAUCAUCUCCUGCGAGGGCUGCAAGGGGUUCUUCAAAAGGAGCAUCUGCAACAAGCGGGUUUACAGAUGCAGUCGGGACAAGAACUGCGUCAUGUCACGCAAACAGCGCAACAGAUGCCAGUACUGCCGCCUGCUCAAAUGCCUCCAGAUGGGGAUGAACAGGAAAGCAAUCAGAGAAGAUGGCAUGCCAGGAGGCAGAAACAAAAGCAUUGGACCUGUCCAGAUAUCAGAGGAAGAGAUUGAGAGAAUUAUGUCUGGGCAAGAAUUUGAGGGAGAAGCAAACAUGUCAUGGAGCAACAACGGAGACAGUGACCAUAGUUCCCCUGGGAAUGGAGUUUCUGAGAGCAACCAGCCUUCACCUGUUUCUACUCCAUCUUCAAGUAGGUCCGUGGAGCUGAAUGGAUUCGCUGCGCUCAGGGAUCAAUAUAUCGGGACACCGGUGUCCACGCACUAUCAGUACCUCCCGCACCUUUUUAGCUAUUCUGCUCACUCGGCUCUGAUGCCCCCCCAGACACGCAGCCUGGACCCCCAGUCGCACAGUCUUAUCAAUCAGUUGGUGUCAGCGGAGGACCUGGAGCCUCUCGGCACACCGAUGCUCAUUGAGGACGGGUAUAAAGUGACUCAGGCAGAGCUGUUUGCGUUGUUGUGUCGUCUGGCGGAUGAAUUGCUUUUCAGGCAGAUUGCUUGGAUCAAGAAGCUGCCGUUCUUCUGUGAACUCUCCAUCAAAGACUAUACCUGCCUGCUCAGCUCUACGUGGCAGGAGCUCAUCCUGCUCUCCUCGCUGACUGUUUACAGCAAGCAGAUCUUUGGUGACCUUGCAGAUGUCACCUCCAAGUAUUCUCCUUCUGAUGAUGAGCUGCACAGAUUCAGUGAAGAGGGGAUGGAGGUGAUGGAGCGGUUGAUCUACCUCUUUCGCAAAUUUAACCAGUUGAAGGUCAGCAAUGAGGAGUAUGCGUGUAUGAAAGCCAUUAACUUCCUAAAUCAAGAUAUCAGGGGUUUGACCAAUGCAUCCCAACUGGAGCAGCUGAAUAAGCGGUACUGGUAUGUUUGCCAGGACUUCACAGAGUACAAAUAUCCCCACCAGCCAAACCGUUUUCCGGAUUUAAUGAUGUGUUUGCCAGAGAUACGAUAUAUUGCAGGAAAAAUGGUGAAUGUUCCCCUGGAGCAGCUGCCUCUCCUGUUUAAGGCUGUUCUACAUUCCUGCAAGACGAGUGUGAGCAAAGAGUGAGCCCAGCUUGGCCAGGCCAGUGCUUUACACUGUGCCUCGGGCAGGGAGCUGGCUCACCCUGGGAGAGGGGCAAACGCGAUCCAGGCAGGAGCCAGGGCAGUGGUGUCCCUGCUGUUGUAGCAAGAAUCUUUUUUUGUUUGGUUUUUUUUUGUUUUGUUUUGGUUUUUUUUACUCUUUUUCCUAUAUAUUUAUUUCACGACAGAGUUGAAUGUAUGAUCUUCAACACGAUGCACAUGGUUCUGUAUGAAUGCAGCAGAUGCAUUCUCCAGCGGUUUACAGAAUGUGAAGAUGUUUAAUGUUACAGUGUUUGUUAGGGUUAGUUCUUUUGUAUUUGGGGGCUCGGGACCAAGAUGACUAAGACUACCUCAAGGAGAAGAUGCUGUUUGUGCACUGCUCUUUCCAUGAUUUGUAUCCAAAAGCAUUUGUCGUAGAGAGCAAAUGGCCUCACUGCAUCGACAGAGCUGUUAGUAUCCCAGAUGGACGAUUUUGGUGAAGUGGGUGUUAGAGAAGUGCCAAGCUUUUUAUCUUUAAAUAUAAUAAUUUUUAAAAGGCUGGAAGUGGAGAAGAAGGAAAAGUCUCUCUAGCCAGUUGGUUUCUUUUCCCCCUGGCAGUUUUCAAGUGCAGGUUUAGUUCCUGCAGUUUCCCUGAAUCCUGCCCCAGUGGGAUAAAUAUUCCCAAGCUUGCAAGGGGCUCAGUGCUCCUGUCCCCUCCUGGGAGCUGCAGGAGUGGGCUCUGCCCCAACCCCAGCCUAACCCACUGGCCUCUCACUGUUGCUGCAGCACCUCUCCAUUCGACUGAAACUGCAUUGCUGCAGUUCAUAGCAGGCUCCUGGCAUUAUACAAAGGUACUCUUGUUGCUGGAGAACUGCAAGUAAUUUCUUGUCACUUCCUUAACAUCCAUUUUAGGCUCACAAAAGCAGGAAAACACUACUUAGAGAAGAGGCAGGAUUGCCCCUUUGAGUGUGUUCCUCCAGGGUGGUAUCUGACUACUCAGGAGGCUUCUGAAUUGCAGCAAUCCCAGUCUGUUUCUGGCAACAGUUAAUGUACCCUGUGAUUCAGUGUGACCUGUGUAAUGGGGCAAGGGACUCCAGUGUUCUCUGGCAUGGCUUUCUCUGCUGGACUCGGGGAAUGCAUAAUCCAUACUCGUAUCCUGCCAGAACUGUUUUGCUGCUUGUGGAAUUCCUUCUACCAGGAAAAUGCUAUUAAUGCAGUACUUGGUAAACUGUUCUGUCCUAGGUGUUGCAGGGCUUGCAUUUUCCAUCUCACAACCUCCACACUACUCCACUGCAUGGAGAGCUGGGUUAAUCACAACUGGUUAGCUGCUUGAGCAAUUGCUAAGUGCUGUUGUUUUCUAAACUUGGGUAUUCUUAUGAGUAACAUCACAGCUUCAAGCUCGUGGUGGUGGUGGUGAGAUUGGAUGAGACACCUUGUUCUCAUCUCCUUCAUUCAGAAUUAACAUUCAAAGACCCAGUCACUCUCCUAGGCAGCUGUGUUGCCCUGGCUGGAUUUCCUUCCCUGUGUCCUUAGAUAUGAAUCUGAUGUAGCAAGAGGGUUCAUCAACAAAUGUUUGAAUGCUGUUUUAAAAACACUUUGGGAAACAGCUUCUGUUUCUUCAGGGUAAGAGGGACCACUUGCUACCUUUUUGUCUUGUGCUGAUGAAGGCACAAAGUGAGUACUGCUCAGAGGUACUGAAGCUGCUGUGAGAUGAAUGUGAUGGUGAUCAGGAGAAAAACCUCAUUCACCAAAGUUGUCUUUCCUUCCCCUUCACCCAGCGGGUGCUUCCUCAGUUGCAGCCCAAGAGAUGCUGUGACCCACUGGCUUGGCACAUCUCUCGCAUAGUCGGCAGCCGUGGUCUCACGCAGGGAACCCAUGGCAGCAAUCCCGCUUGGGCAUCUUCCAGCUUGAUGGUUUCCCUUUCCUAAAAGUCCACUAGCUGCUCAUUUUUCAUUAUUUAAAUAGGAUGUUACGGGUAAGAGCUGCUGGGCCCAGCAGCAGUUCAGCUUGACAGAGCUCCACAAUCCAAAGGUGGUUCCGUGAAUCUCAUUUACUUUCUGACUGUCAAAUGGGACAAGCGUGUAUUUCUCAGGAAAGCCUUCUGCAUACAUACCUCAAGUGUAAAUGGGAAGAUGUUAGUAUAUCUGUUUGUAAGUUAGGAAGUGUUUCUCAGCUUUUAAUUUCCAAAUAGCUUGAUAUGAUCUUUUUAUUACGGGUUAUCUUCUGGCUCGCUGUUUUAUACACUCAAGGAAUCGUUACAAUUGCAUAGGAGUAAUUCUGUUCUGCAGUUAUUGAAUUAUUAUGAUCUGUUGGUGAAUAAGAGUUUGUUUUAAUUAGUGUACAUAAAAGUGGUCAUCACAUUGCCAAAUAUCAAACAACAAUAAUCUAUUAGGUAUUCUGUGUUUAUCCAAAAUGGACUCCCAAGACUAAUGCUAUACCAACAACAAAAAAACCCGAAAUUCAUUUCUGAUGAUGAAUGGACAAGAAUGUUCUACUUUCUGUUGUAUGAAGCAAAUUUUACAAAAGUUGAUUGGCAGCAGCAUCCGUUACCAAAUAACCCAUUUGUUGUAGGGAGUAGAAAAGCCUUGCUAAACUGACAAGUAAGGAAGAAGCUAAAGUAUCAACCCAGAAUCUAGCUCACCGGACAGUCAUUCUUAAUAUCUUCUGCACCAAGUCCUCUAAUGACUUGUAUUUUUUAAACAGGGUAAAGUGAAUGUGUUGCAUUGCAAACUCAGGUAUUAUGAGAAGGUAGGAAUGUAGCUAGAGACGUAGAGAUGUUAGGUCAGUCACUAGAUGUAUUUGUGAAUUUGGUUUGAAGGACGCCCUGGAAAGGUUGGAAUUUUUGUUCCAUUCUUCACGUAACAUUCGGUUUACAGGGACUCAUAUUUUAUUUGUGCUUAAUGCUAGUAGGGGGAAGUUCAUUAUCUUUGGUAUCUAUCUGCUCUUGCUUAUCUGACCUUCUGUCAUAGAGGAAUCAAUCAACAAUAAUAGUCUUUGGUAGAAUUUUCUGCUGUGACAAGUCAAUUUUUACCCCGAUUUGAAAGAUAAAUUGGCUGACUGACCCCCUCCUCUCCUUCAUAGCAUUUGUGCAGAUGGAAGGCUGAAGAGUUACUUUUAAUCCGAACAGAGAUUUGGGACAUAAAUACGAAGAGCUCAGGCUCACACAUUCAGAUGGGCUCUGCUGAGGUGUCCUGAUUGCUGUUUUACAGGUUGGAACUGGUCACCCUGUGCAGAGAACAGAGCAGAAAUUGCUCCAGCUCAUGGGGCUGAGUCCCAGUGUGAGUGGGCAGUCCCUGGGACCUGAACAAAAGCUUUUUGAAAGUAACUGGGUUUUCUUCCACUGUCUGCCUGUGGGUCAGGCUGCUGAAUCUUGACCCCACUGUGUGUGUCAGUAGUGAGCCCUUGUCCUCAGCAUGCCUGGCCCCUCGAGAGGACUGGGGGACCAACCAGGACAUUCAGGGAUGCCAAGUACCUGAGGAGGGCAAAACCAGUGCAGCAGGAGGGAACUCUCCAGCCGUUUUGCAUAUGCAUUAACUACUUUCUAAUUGUUAAUAAUGCAGUGGUGCUCAUCAUUCCCAUCUCUUGCCUGCUAGCCCGUAGAGCUGUGCAGAGCCACUGCGCGCUCUGGGUCAGCGCGGUGCAGCUCUGGAUCCUUCUGUAACUCAAAUCCUGAGCUGUUGCUGUCUCCCAUCACACAAAGACUAAAGAGAGAACAGGGCAUCUCCAGGGUGAUCAGUGCAAAGAGAUCAGUCACAGUGAUAACUGCAGGAACACCCAUUUUCCUGGUGUGCUGGUGUUACUUGGACUGAGGCUAUGAGAGUCAGCAGAGCCUGCUCGCUCUGACAGUGUGUUUGCAGGGCUGCUUUGCUCACAGGGCGAGUCCUGGGUGGUUGUGCCCUCACCCUGCAGUAGCCCAUAAGGCUCAAGCUCACAUCAGUGCCACUUGCUGCCCGUCCCUCCCUCUGCCGCACACAUCAGAUCUGCCCUCGCUCUUCAGGCCUCUGCACAGAACAAAACCACCUCAGGUGCAGGAGUUUUGGUCUUGUCCUUCAAACCAACCUUUUUUCUAAAGAAACUUGAAUUUCUUUUAUCUUUACUACAUUUUCUUAAAUGAAAAAAAAAGAAAAAAAAAAAAGCUCUCCUGUGAAUGUGCUAUUUACCGUUCAUUCUUUCUUCUUUCUUGGUUUUAAUUUGAAGCUAUGAAGCUUGGUGUCUGUGAAAAUGUUGUUAUUUCUCAGGAUAAUAAGCGGCAAUCAUCCCUGCCACAUAAAGGGCAGGAGAAAGGGGGAAACUUGGGGAACUAGUUUAAGUAUGAAGCUGAUUUUUAAGUUGUAGAUGAUGUGUAAAUCAAAUGCAUGGGAUGUCAGUAUCAAGCCGUGGUGUUUCUCCGGGUUCACGGUGUGUUGUUUGCAAUGCACAGAAGCUCAGGGAUAAGUAUUUAAAAUGUGACCCAGAGAAACCCUGGUUUUGAUGUUGCAGCAGUUGCUGCUUUCAUGACUUGUUUGGAGGACCCAGUAAAAGCUGAAUGAAGCCCCAUGUAGAGAUUUCAGGGGGAAAGCUUUCACUUCGGCUUGUGGGAAGUUUGCCUACUGAAGGCUUAGGUGGGCUCUAGUGUUUGAAGCAUCCCGAAGGAGCACGUUGCCGUUUGACCUGUUGCAAGGGGAUUUGCAUGGAGAGCAGGUUUUGGUAACCUCACACUCCUGCUGAAGGCACACCAGCUCCCAGGGCUGGGAGAGGUUUGUCUGUAUUUCCACAUCCCCUCAUCCUUCUGCCUUACGUGUUUGAGUGCUCGUGGACAAGGGGAAAAUGGGAAUUUCCCAGUAUGUCCCUGGCAGCCAGUUGCAGAAUUUCCUGCACUCAGUUUGUUGCUUAUGAAUUACAGCAUCUUCGUUUCCAGUCUGUACAGCUUUAGCAUUAUGGGUCAGUCAGGCUG